CUAAUGAACACCUAUGGUGAAAAGUCAGCAAAUGAGUGUUUUCGGCAAUAGUUCAUCGAGCACAUUGUUUGGAUACGCCAAUGCAAUGCUAUCAACCAGCAGCCCUAGUGUAGUGAAAUAGCCCUCAGUUUUAUUGCUCGAAUAAUGUGGUAAUUAUACUAAUUGUGUGCAUCUGUGAGUGGAUCAAUUUUGAUUGAAGUAUACCGUACCUCAUAAGAAGAUUUUCCAGAUUAUUCCUGUUUUAUAUCCUUGAAAAUGCCAAAUAGUGAUGAUGGGGUGGUUUCCAACGAGCCGAAAAGACGAGUUAGUAUUAUCACAGAUCCAAUAAUGGACAGUAGAAUGGGGCACGAUAAUUAUGGAUUCGAACCUAACUCCAAAAGAAAAAUUUCACAGCAAUCACAUUAUUCCGAGGAAGGACCAGUGAGACGAAAAAGUAAUUUACACAAUGCAAACCUAGACAGUUCAUCAAUCAAUAGUUACGAUCAGCGAAUAAAUGGCGAUGCCAGUCGAAGUAAAAAGCCGUCAUUCUCAGAAGCUUUCACUAAAAUCAAUCAUGAACAAGACGACGAUCACCAAAAUGCUCCCCUCGAGCAGUCAUGGAUCUACGCACUAUGUAUGCGGUGCAGAGUGGAAUACAGUACACCCUCGUGGGAACCGCCUGGAUGGCAGAAAGUGUGCCCCUAUCCAUUAUGCCCAUCCUACCGUCAAUUCGCUAGAAUAAUAUCUAUUGUAUUUAUUGGUUUACUGCUAUGGGUGACAGCCUAUGUUAUAAUUGGAGAUACCGCUGCUCCUGGCGGACAACUAUUUCAGGUUGUUGUAUUAACUGUAGCUGCUAACUUUGGAGGGUUUCUAAUAUCGCUAGCUACGCUGCCACGGUUAAUCGGAAUGCUCAUGGUUGGGCUUUUAUUUCAGAACGUUGGAUGGGUCAACAUCGAUGGCGAAUUUACCAAAGUUACUGCCAUCCUUCGGAAAAUGGCCCUUGUCAUAAUUUUGAUUCGCGCUGGAUUAGAAAUGGAUCCAAAUGCUUUUAAAAAGAUCUAUGUAACGAUUUUGAAGCUUGGUCUUAUUCCUUGGAUUAUAGAAUUCGUGUUGAUUGGUGUUAUGACACACUUCUUUCUGGAUCUACCAUGGAUGUGGAGUUUUAUGUUGGGCUCAAUUAUCGCUGCUGUUUCGCCAGCUGUGGUGGUGCCAUGCCUAUUUAGACUGAGAACGAAAGGGUAUGGCGUCGUUAAAGGAAUACCCACACUCAUCAUAGCAGUGGCUGGUAUCGACGAUGCAGCGUCCGUAGCAGUGUAUGGUAUAAUUUCAAGUAUUAUGUUCACGUCGCAAGGACUAGCGUUUCAAAUUGCACAAGCUCCGGUUUGCAUUUUUGGUGGCCUUGGUUUUGGAGUUUUAUGGGGCACUCUAUGCAAAUACAUUCCGGAAAAGGGAGACGCGUAUGUUGUUCCUAUUCGUACUCUAAUGUUAUUUGGAGGCGGAAUGAUGGCUGUUUUCGGCAGUGAAAAAAUACAUUUUGAAGGAGCAGGACCCCUUGCUGUUGUUUUUGCCGCUUUUACUGCCUCUUAUUUUUGGUGUGGAGACGGAUGGGAGUUAGAGGAUAAUCCCGUUUCAACUGCUUUUGAAAUAUUUUGGAUGAUUUUCGAGCCUAUUCUAUUUGGAAUAACAGGAGCUUCAAUAAAGAUAAGUGAUUUAGACCCUCAUCUUGUGUCGAUAGGAGUUGGUUGCAUUUAUGCCGGCAUUGUUAUUCGCAUAGUAGUAACCGCUGGAAUUGCUUUUGGAGAUAAAUUAAACGUUAAAGAAAAGCUUUUCGUUGCAAUUUCUUGGAUGUCAAAAGCCACCGUGCAAGCUGCACUUGGGCCUUUACCCUUGAAAGCGGUAAUAUCACUGCAUCGCGCUGAUGAGGAACUUCACUAUGCAGAGUUGGUUAAAAAUAUUUGCAUCUUAAGCAUUAUCCUGUCAGCACCACUUGGUGCUUUAUUAAUAUCAGUAAGUGGAACAAAACUACUGAAGAAGACUAAACCAAUGCUGGAACCCCCAGAAGGCUGGCGCAGGAGUCAUCGUCCUUCUCUACACGAUAUCAGUAUUAUAGAUGAAGAAGAAGAACGUGAAGAUAUUGAAGGAAUUGCAGAUGAAGAUACAGCUGCCAAUACACUAUCAAACGCACAAGCAAGCUCCGUAUUUACAGUUACGAAAUGAAAUAGAAUAUUCAAAUUACGCCUAAGACAUUAUUCUUCAAGAUAAUGAUA